AUGAAGUUUUGGGUGAAGGCAAUAACGGAUAAAAACGUGCAAGAGCAACUUCUUGUUGACGCUGAGAGUUUAGAUGAGCUCACGAAGGAGCUCAGCAGCUUACUCAACACGUGUGUGACUUCAAUAUCCGUUUCCGACUUCCAGUCACAAGUAGUGGACAAGAUCAACAGUGGUACCGAUAUUGUGACUGUCAACGUCGGCACAUCAACCACCUGUAGUGAUAACAAUUCAAAGGCGAAUACUAACACCAGUCAUUUUGAGACAAGUGUAACGAGCACAGGGCAUUGGUUAUGUAACGAUGCAGCCUUGUCGUUGACUGAAGAUGACGAGUGGUUGUGUUCAACCGCCAGCACAGCUAUUGCGGAAGGAACACCCGUAAGACGUACAUUAGUAGCAAAUCAGUUGCUCCUGGAUGCUACACCGCAAAUAGACCGUAUUUGCCUUCGCCGUGACCAGUUGGAGUUACUACUUCGGCCGUCCCAUAGGGGUGCCUACCACAGUGUUAUCACGGGUUGUUUUGCACGCAUGCGAUGGCGACAGGGAUACAGUCUGUACCAAAUCGUUCGCCCUGCAAGUGAUCAGAUGCUCGUAUUCGACAUGAUUCACUAUGAGGAAACGCAUGGAAUGGAGGUAGUUAGCAACGCUCCACCUGUUGCCCAGGAACUUACCACGUGGGGGAAGCGGAUGCGUGCUGCCUCUCGUCCCUUCGUGACUGCAGGUUUUAUUGAGGCAAAGGUGGGAGAUGUAAAUUCUGCCCUGCGAACUGCAAGGGGAUCCUCUGUGGAGCGCCCGUCGCUACAACCACAAAUAAUGGUCCCUUCAACUCCCCCUGCUUCCAGCACAGAUUCUUACCCAAGACGAGCGCGAAAAACGCUUAAUGCGUAUAGUCCCUCCCUAGCCUUCUUCAGCUUUGACCGCUUACUGAUAAAAACGAACGAUACACUCAAACACUCGCAGUUUUGUAUUGUGAAUGAACCGGAAAUGGAUUCUUUCAGCGUCGUCAUUUUCGCGUCACGGUUUUCCAACACUUAUGCGAAGAAACCAAGACGGUCAGACUUUGCGGGGUGUAUGAUUACCUUAGAUAAGAAUGCUCGAACCCCCGGAAUAGCAAGUGAAAGAGAUAUUACAGAGAAGGGUUACGAAAUGCUUUGCUCUCCGCAGUGGUGGGGGUGCCGUUAUAUCGCACUGGUUAGACCCCAACCAACCGGAAGUAGUGAACCCUACAUUGAUAGUAGAGGAAUUUGUAUGCAGGACUUCACGGUGUUGUCCGGUCGCUUCUUGUCGAGUCUCUUUAAUCCACCAACGACAACGUCCCUACCGGUUCCUACUUGGGCAACAGGCGAGGGUCUCUCUGCUAACAUUUUGCGUCCCCAACUUGUUGUGCACCACAAAAAGCUUCAUGUAUUCUACCUUAUUAGCAUUGUGACAUCGUCUCCGGUUCGACGUCCGUGCAGCGUUCGCUUAGGAGCUUGUGAGCCGUUAAAUGUUGGUGCUGUGUCAAGCAAUGCCAAUGCAGACAGCCAAGCUGCUGAAGGUGGUGCUUCUUUGGAUGGCUCGUUCGCGAACAGUGGUGCACUACCGCACAGGAACAGAUCGAAUAGUCCCGCACUUGUGGGUAUAUGCCAGUAUAGUCUAGCACACGCGGUUUGUGAAGGGGAUGCGUUUGGACAGUGGCAUAUUGUGUCAGAUGAGGAACCGCUGCUGUCUUGUCAAACUAAUAUGCCCGUAUUUACUGCUGCCUCAGUCCCUGCAGUCGAUGCUAAGCGUGAGAAAAGUAUUGUUAGCGACAAUUCACCAGAAAGUGAUCCAUUGAACGUGCUGCAAUUACUGUGGUAUGAAGGGGACGCUUCCGACAGUCAGUCCUCGGCCCCAUCCAACCAAUCCACAUUGUCCUCCGCAUCUCGAAGUAAUAGCGUGAGUAACCGCCCUCUACUACCGUUUGAGCGAUGGGUAAACACGCAUGAGGAUGCAUCACCAGAUGCUUGGGAACAGGAACCAAGUUAUUCCGCUGUACGCAUAAAUACGGAACUAAUGAAAUCCGGCGUUUGUUCCCUGUCAUUAUGUGAGCACGAGGGGAUGGUACUUGCUGCCUCCGUCAACCGAGACGCUCAGCAGCGCACUGUUGUGAUAGUGGCACCACUAACGACAGAACCGUGA